GAACAUAGUCUAACGUCAAAAAAGGUAUUGUUGUUUUGAUUAAUCUCAUUGGAGUUGAUUCAAGUUUUGCAAAGUUUUGUAUUGUAGAGGUGAAUUUCACAUCUAAUGUAGAGAAAUUUUAUUUGCUGCUUAUGACUGAAAAACGAAAACAGUGAUAACAGUGUGCUGUAUUAUCUAAGUGGCAAGGGUAAUGUCUAGUUCUUACCUCAUGUAUCAUAAUUUACUGGCGUCUUCAGCUGAGGAUAACAAAGCAAAAAUACAAAAAAAUAGACCAGAGAAGUUUACAGAUCAAAAAUGUAGGUUAUGUCGUGAAAAACCGGGAAGCAUCCGACUGUUCAAUAAUGAGCUUAGGACUAACAUUGUUGGAGAAAUAUACAGUGUUACUGGAGUUGUUUUUCGUAACAUGAAAGACUUAUCAACUUACAUUUGCCAAAGUUGCGUGGACCAAUUGGACAGCAGCAUAAGGUUUCGAAACAUGUGCCAACAGAGCAAUAGAGCAAUUGUAGAAGUCAAUGUGAAACAAGAAUAUUGUGAUAUUGAAAAAACACUUCCAACCGAUAAAAGAAAAAUAAUUAAAAACCAAUCAAUUAAGAAAGAAGAAGAUAUAUUCAACAAUGACAAAAGUAAAUUUAAAUCAAUUAAGAAGAACACCGCAACUAUUAAAGUUAAUACAAAUGAGGAGAAGAAUUUCCUGGACUCAUCUGAUACAGAUGAUGAUGAUUUUGAUAACUUUAAUGAUGAUGAUAACUUGAAUGAUGAAGGAGACAAAAGCCAGUGUACCUACAACAAGAAUUUGGAAUGCCUAGUACCCAAUUCUUGGGCUAUACCUAAACUACAUGAGAUUUUAAAGAAAAAGGAGAAAAAACCCAAAGAACUAAAGCAACACUUAUGUGAGUCAUGUGGAAAGGAAUUUGAUAGUUUAAUCCGCCUAAAAUAUCAUAUGGUAAUUCAUGAGAAUGUUUUCCCCUUUGCGUGUGAUAAAUGUCCGUACAAGGGACGAACGAAAAACACGCUGGUAACUCACAUGAAAUCGCACCUGCCUUAUAGCGAGAGAACUUUGUGCUGCCCACACUGCAGUAAAAAAACAACCACCACCUCCAACAUGAAUUCACACAUUAGAAGGGUCCAUACCAAUAAUGGUGAACGCAAUUUCAAGUGUACGCGAUGUGAAAAGGAUUUUAAAAACAAUGCUGAUUUAAAAAGGCAUUUUAAUGUAGUCCACGAAAACAUGGGCACCACUAAGUGCCAAAUUUGCUAUAAGGUUUUCAACAAAAAAAACUUGAGGAAACAUCUUUGGCGCGUUCACAAAAUUCAAAAAGAGAAGUCGAAUCUUCCUAAUAGAUUGCCAGCUUAUUUACUUUGUAAUCCGACCGAAGAUCAGUCGGCUCCGGUAGCUACACAACAAUGAAUAAUGUUAUACUUACUCAAUGAUAAAUAUAAUUAGAAUUGAUUGUCAUUGUAAGCCUAUACUCUAGCU